UACCUAUCACAGCGUUCCUUCAGUGUUACCUAUAACUCCCCAUCAAUGCCACCUGCCAGUACCCAUCAAUGCCACAUAUCAGUGCCUGUCUGAGCUGCCUUUCAGUGCCACCUAUCAGUGCCAGUCAGUGCCACCUAUCAGUGUUGCCAGUCAGUGCCACUUAUCAAUGUUGCCAAUCAGUGCCACCUAUCAGUGCCAGUCAGUGCCACCUAUCAAUGCCAGUCAGUGCCGCAUAUCAGUGCACAUCAGUACCCCCUGACAGUGCCCGUCAGUGUCGCCUAAUAGUGCCCGUCAGUGCCACCGAGCAG